AUGCUGACCGCACAGAGGGCGUGUGCAGCGAUGGCUGCCCGCCGCUUCGUUAAAGCUUCGGCCUCCUUGUCACACACACACACCUCUCUGCUCCACACCUCAGUUCCAUGCCAGGACCAGACUGAGCUGCAUCCAGAGUGGGCAAACCUGGCAAAGAAACAGCUAAAGGGGAAGAACCCUGAAGAUCUCAUCUGGAGAACGCCAGAGGGAAUCAACAUCAAGCCAGUCUACACCAAGGCGGACUCAGAGGGGCGCGCGGAUGAAUUGCCAGGAGUGUUUCCCUACACUAGAGGGCCCUAUCCCACCAUGUACACUUACAGGCCUUGGACAAUCCGGCAGUAUGCUGGAUUUAGCACUGUGGAAGAGAGCAACAAGUUCUAUAGAGAUAACAUCAAAGCCGGUCAGCAGGGUCUCUCUGUGGCCUUUGACCUACCGACACACCGCGGCUACGACUCGGACAACCCCAGAGUCCACGGGGACGUGGGCAUGGCCGGAGUGGCGAUAGACACGGUGGAGGACAUGAAGAUGCUUUUCGACGGGAUCCCCCUGGAGAAAAUGUCAGUGUCCAUGACCAUGAACGGAGCGGUGGUACCUGUGCUGGCCAUGUUUAUUGUGACCGGGGAGGAGCAGAAUGUGCCUAAAGAGAAACUCACUGGGACAAUUCAGAAUGACAUUUUAAAGGAGUUUAUGGUACGCAACACCUACAUUUUCCCCCCGGAGCCCUCCAUGCAUGCCAUUGCAGACAUCUUUGCAUAUACGUCCAAGUACAUGCCUAAGUUCAACUCCAUAUCCAUCAGCGGCUACCACCUUCAGGAGGCCGGCGCAGACGCCAUCUUGGAGGUGGCAUACACCAUCGCUAACGGCCUGGAGUACUGCCGCACUGGUCUGAAAGCAGGUUUAACCAUAGACGAUUUUGCCCCAAGACUGUCCUUCUUCUGGGGCAUAGGGAUGAACUUCUACAUGGAAAUAGCCAAGCUGAGGGCAGCCAGGAGGUUGUGGGCCACUCUCAUUAAAGAAAACUUCCAGCCCAAGAAUCCAAAGUCUCUCCUCCUGCGCACACACUGCCAGACGUCGGGGUGGUCGCUCACUGAACAGGACCCGUACAACAACGUGGUCCGCACAGUGGUGGAGGCCAUGGCCGCAGUGUUCGGGGGAACCCAGUCUCUGCACACCAACUCCUUCGAUGAAGCCCUGGGCCUGCCCACCGUGAAGAGCGCUCGCAUCGCCCGCAACACACAGAUCAUCAUCCAGGAGGAGUCGGGCAUCCCCAAAGUCGCAGAUCCCUGGGGGGGCUCGCACAUGAUGGAAGCUCUCACUGAUGAUGUCUACAACACUGCCCUAAAUUUCAUCAAAGAAAUCGAGGAGAUGGGCGGCAUGGCCAGAGCUGUGGCAGAGGGCAUCCCCAAACUCCGAAUAGAGGAAUGUGCUGCACGGCGACAGGCCCGCAUCGACUCAAGAUCAGAAGUCAUUGUGGGGGUGAAUAAGUACCGUCUCGAAAAAGAGGAGACUGUGGAGGUGCUGGCCAUAGAUAACACCAUCGUACGUCAGAAACAGAUCGAGAAAUUGAAAAAGGUGAAGGAGAGCCGGGACCCAGAGGCGGUGAAGAGGUGCCUGGCAGCCAUUGAGGAGUGUUCCCAAACCAGGGAGGGCAACCUUCUGGAACUGGCUGUGGCGGCUGCGCGAGCCAGAUGCACUGUCGGGGAGAUCACAGACGCCAUGAAGAAAGUGUUCGGCGAGCACAAGGCCAGCACCAGGAUGGUGAGCGGCGCGUACCGCAGCGAGUUCGGCGAGCACGAAGAGAUCGCCGUGGCCCACAACAGGUCGGCGAUAAAAAGAAAAUCAGCACCCCUCACCUCGCUGCCCUCAUCACGCAAAGGAGUCACAGAUUUCAAGAGCCACGAAGGCCGGAAUCCCCGACUGCUGGUGGCAAAGAUGGGCCAGGACGGUCACGACCGAGGCGCCAAGGUUAUCGCCACGGGGUUCGCUGACCUGGGAUUCGAUGUGGAUAUCGGGCCACUGUUUCAGACACGGAAAGUGGCUGCUUUCCUGAGCCACCAGAAAAGAGGUUCAAUUUCCUUUGUUCGAUUAAAGACGCCCCUGGAGGUGGCCCAGCAGGCGGUCGACGCAGACGUCCACUGCGUGGGGGUCAGCACACUCGCUGCGGGACACAAGACCCUGGUCCCGGAGCUCAUCAAGGAGCUGCGGAAGCUCAACAGGCCGGAUAUCCUGGUCAUCUGCGGAGGCGUCAUCCCGCCGCAGGACUACGAGUUCUUGUACCAGAGCGGUGUGUGUGCCAUCUUCGGUCCGGGGACCAGGAUCCCACAAGCUGCAGUGGAGGUGAUCGACAGCAUCGAGAAGAGCCUGGAGAACAUCAGACAAGCCAUGUGA